AUGGCAAAAACCUCUCACACUUUCUUGCCUCUUAUCUUUCUCUCAUUCCUCACUCUUGCUGCAUCUUCCCAUGCCGGUGGCAUAGCUAUCUAUUGGGGCCAAAACGGCAACGAAGGAACCUUAUCUGAAACAUGUGCAACCGGAAAAUACACUCAUGUCAUCAUAGCAUUCCUCAAUGUCUUUGGCAACGGUCAGACACCCGAAAUGAAUCUUGCAGGUCACUGCAAUCCAUCAACAAACUCCUGCACAAAAUUCAGCUCAGAAAUCAAAGACUGCCAAAGUAAAGGAAUCAAAGUCUUACUUUCUAUCGGUGGCGGAAUCGGAAGCUACACUUUAUCGUCAAUUGAAGAUGCCAGAAACGUCUCAACGUUUUUAUGGAACACUUUCUUGGGUGGCAAGUCAUCUUCAAGACCGUUAGGUGAUGCUGUUUUAGAUGGAAUAGAUUUCGAUAUCGAACUCGGUUCAACGCAAAAUUAUCAACAUCUUGCACGUUUUCUUAAAGGGUAUUGUAGAUUUGGAAAAAAGGUCUAUCUUGGUGCAGCUCCUCAAUGUCCAAUUCCUGAUAAAUUUUUGGGCACUGCCCUUCAAACGGGUCUUUUCGACUUUGUUUGGGUUCAAUUUUACAACAACCCUCCUUGUCAAUAUAAUGGUAGCAUAACUAAUCUCGUGAGUUCUUGGAAUCAAUGGACAAAGAAUGUUCCUGCUAGGAAGAUAUUUUUGGGGUUGCCGGCCGCUACGGCGGCGGCUGGAAGUGGUUUUAUUCCGGCAGAUGUGUUGAGUACUGAGAUUUUGCCUGUGAUUAAGAAGUCAAGAAAUUAUGGAGGGGUGAUGCUUUGGUCUAGAUUCUAUGAUUUGCAGACUGGGUAUAGCAGUUCUAUUAUUGGAAGCGUGUGA